AUUCGGUAGCUUGAUUCAAAAAAUUUCUUUUCAAAAUGAGGGCAGUAUUAUUUCUGCCAAUUUUGUUGGUUCUGUGUAGUGGGAAUGUAUUGAAACAUGAAGAAAGGGCGCUGGAUUGGUGGGAGACGACUAUCUUCUAUCAGAUCUACCCACGUUCCUUUGCCGAUAGUGAUGGCGAUGGCAUCGGGGAUUUGAAUGGCAUUACAUCGAAACUGGAAUACAUCAAAGGGCUUGGGGUCGACGCUAUCUGGUUAUCUCCCAUGUUCCAGUCACCUAUGUACGACUUUGGAUACGAUAUAUCUGACUUUUAUGCUGUCCAUGAUGAAUAUGGAACGAUGGAAGAUUUUGAAAAUUUAAUUGAUACUGCCAAGGAACUUGGCAUUAAAGUAGUUUUGGAUUUGGUGCCAAAUCACACAUCAAACGAGAGCGUCUGGUUCCAAGAGGCUUUGAAUGGUAAUGAGAAGUAUUACAAUUAUUUCGUUUGGGAGGACGGAGUGAUCGACGAAAAUGGUAACAGGCAGCCGCCGAAUAAUUGGAGGAGCCAUUUCCGUGGCAGUGCUUGGGAAUACAGAGAAGAAGUUGGCAAAUAUUAUUUGCAUCAGUUUGUCGUUGGUCAGCCCGAUUUGAACUACCGCAACCCUGAUGUUGUUGAAGAAAUGAAGAACAUUAUCCGUUUCUGGUUAGGCAAAGGUGUAGCAGGAUUCAGGGUUGAUGCUGUCAACUGUUUAUAUGAAGUAGACAAAGAACUCUUCGGUGGAAAAUACCCAGACGAACCUUUCUCUGGUAACGUUAAUGUUGACCCUGAAUCUCACGACUACCUCAGCCACAUUUACACUAAAGACCAAGAGGAGACAUAUUACAUGGUUUACGAAUGGAGAGAUGUUUUCGAUGAGUUCAAAGAAAAGGAUGGAUUAACUAGAGUUAUGAUGACUGAAGUUUAUGCUGCUAUCAAAGAUGUGGUUAGGUACUUUGGUGAAGGUGACAGGCUAGGAGCCCAAAUGCCCUUCAACUUCGAUUUAAUCACGGACGUAGAUGCUUCAUCAUCAGCAGCUGACAUCAAGUAUGCCGUCGAUAAGUUCAUGACGUACAAACCUGUUGAUAAAGAUGCCAAUUGGGUGGUCGGUAACCAUGACAACAGCCGAAUGGCAACUAGAUACGGGCCGCCUUUGGUCGACGGAAUCAAUAUGAUUGUAUUGUUGCUUCCUGGAGUAGGAGUAACUUAUAUGGGCGAAGAACUAGGCUUAGUGGACGGUUACGUAAGCUGGGAAGAUACUGUUGAUCCCUCCGGAUGUAAUACUAAUGAUCCAAUCAAUUAUGUGCUGUCAUCUCGUGAUCCAGAGAGAACGCCGUUCCAAUGGAAUGCUGACAAAAACGCCGGUUUCUCAACUGCCGACAAGACAUGGCUACCAGUAGCUGAAGGCUAUGAAACUCUGAACGUGGAAGUACAAGAGGCAGCUGAAAGGUCUCACUUGAAGCUCUACAAGGCAUUAGCUGACUUUCGCCAGGAGAAGGUGUUCAGAUAUGGACGUUAUGACUCCUUGGCUAUGAACCAAGAUGUAUUUGUAUUUAGGAGAUGGUACCACGGCGAGACCUACUUGGUGGUUGUGAACAUGCGCGACGUGGAACAUGUCAUUGAUCUGACGUACUUCGAGAAUGUUCACGGCAGUGUAAGAGUAGUUUUGAGAAGCAUACAGUCUCCUAAGAACGAAGGGGACGAGUUCAAUGUUUCAUCUCUACCCGUCGCUGGAUUCGAAGGCCUUGUAUUGAAAUUGACCAAUUGAUGCUUGAAAUAAUAAAUGUACAAUACUAUGGAAUAAAUGUAAUUAAUUAAA